UGUGAGCGGUGGCGGGAAGCUGCCUGCUGCACACGCGCUCGCUGCAGGUGGCGGCAGGAUGGCGGGAGGACGCCGCGGUCUGGUCGCUCCUCAGAACACCUUCCUGGAGAACAUCGUCCGCCGCUCCAACGACACAAACUUUGUGCUGGGAAAUGCCCAGAUCGUGGACUGGCCUAUCGUCUACAGUAACGAUGGAUUCUGCAAACUGUCCGGAUACAACCGAGCUGAAGUGAUGCAGAAGAGCAGCACCUGCAGCUUCAUGUACGGAGAGUUGACUGACAAGGAGAUGACAGAAAAAGUGCGACAGACCUUUGAGGGCUAUGACAUGAACUCCUUUGAGAUUCUGAUGUACAAGAAGAACCGGAUGCCCGUGUGGUUCUUUGUGAAGAUUGCUCCGAUCAGGAACGAGCAGGACAAAGUGGUUCUCUUCCUCUGCACAUUCAGUGACAUCACCGCUUUCAAACAGCCAAUUGAGGAUGAGUCUUCCAAAGGUUGGGGUAAACUGGCCCGGCUGACCCGAGCGCUGACCAGCAGCCGAGGAGUUCUUCAGCAGUUGACUCCUGCCGUUCAGAAAGGGGAAAAUGUCCACAAACACUCACGCCUGGCAGAGGUUCUACAGCUGGGCUCAGACAUCCUGCCCCAGUACAAACAAGAGACACCUAAGACUCCGCCCCACAUCAUUCUGCAUUACUGCCUGUUCAAGACCACGUGGGACUGGGUGAUCCUGAUCUUGACCUUCUACACCGCCAUCAUGGUCCCAUACAAUGUCUCCUUUAAGACCAAGCAGAACAACGUCACCUGGCUGGUGAUAGACAGCAUCGUGGACGUCAUCUUCCUGGUGGACAUUGUCCUCAACUUCCACACAACCUUUGUGGGUCCGGCUGGCGAAGUCAUCUCCGACCCCAAAUUGAUUCGCAUGAACUAUGUGAAGACUUGGUUCGUCAUCGACCUGCUGUCCUGCCUGCCCUAUGAUGUCAUCAACGCCUUUGAGAACGUGGACGAGGGGAUCAGCAGCCUCUUCAGUUCUCUUAAAGUCGUCCGUCUGCUGCGUUUGGGCCGGGUGGCCAGAAAGCUGGACCACUACAUUGAGUAUGGCGCGGCAGUUCUGGUGCUGCUGGUCUGUGUGUUCGGACUGGCGGCUCACUGGUUGGCCUGUAUAUGGUACAGCAUCGGCGACUACGAGGUCAUCGACGAAGAAGCCAACCGCCUGCGCACUGACAGCUGGCUGUACCUGCUGAGUGUGACAGUCGGCACGCCGUACCGCUUCAACAGCUCUGGCUCCGGACGAUGGGAAGGCGGGCCUGGGAAGAACUCGGUCUACAUCACUUCGCUGUACUUCACCAUGACCAGUCUGACCAGCAUCGGCUUCGGCAACAUUGCCCCCAACACGGACGGCGAGAAGAUCUUUGCUGUGGCCAUGAUGAUGAUUGGAUCGCUCCUUUACGCCACCAUCUUCGGAAAUGUCACCACCAUUUUCCAGCAGAUGUAUGCCAACACCAACCGCUACCAUGAGAUGCUGAACAGUGUGCGCGACUUCCUUCAGCUUUAUCAAGUCCCCAAAGGUCUGAGCGAGCGGGUCAUGGACUACAUCGUGUCCACCUGGUCCAUGACUCGAGGGAUCGACACUGACAAGGUGCUGCAGAUCUGCCCCAAGGACAUGCGUGCCGACAUCUGUGUGCACCUCAACAGGAAGGUGUUCAAGGAGCAUCCGGCUUUCCGACUGGCCAGUGACGGCUGCUUGCGGGCGCUCGCCAUGGAGUUCCAGACGGUGCACAGCGCACCCGGUGACCUUAUCUUCCAUGCCGGUGAAAGUGUUGACAGUCUGUGCUUCGUGGUGUCAGGAUCUCUGGAGGUCAUUCAGGACGAUGAAGUGGUGGCCAUCUUGGGUAAAGGAGACGUGUUUGGAGAUGUGUUCUGGAAAGAGCGGUCGCUAGCUCAGUCAUGUGCCAACGUCCGUGCACUGACCUACUGUGACCUUCACAUCAUUAAGCGGGACGAGUUGCAGAAGGUUCUGGAGUUCUACUCCAACUUCGCAAACCACUUUGCGAGAAACCUCGUUCUGACCUACAACUUGCGCAAACGAAUCAUCUUCAGAAAGAUUAGCGACGUAAAGCGUGAAGAAGAGGAGCUUCUGAGGAGGAAGGACGAGGCUCCUCUCAACCUGCCUCCCGAUCAUCCAGUGCGCCGACUAUUCCAGAGGUUUCGACAGCAGAGGGAAGCCCGUCUUGCCAGCGAGCGCCUGGGACUGGACAGCAGUGAUGUUGAGAGAGGGAGCAGCACUGAGACCUCUAAAUGUCCAGAUGUUUUGGAGUCCACCAGCAUCAUCAUGCUGUCGGAGAAGACCACCGCUCAGUCUUUGCAGACUCAGAACGGAAACCUGAGCUGCUGCAAAUCCACUGAGCCGUCCAAAGCCAAAGGCUGGGGGCGUUUCAAGGAGUCAGUUGUGAAGGCUGAGUCCUGGAGCAGCGUGUCCACAGCCGAGUCACUGGAGACGCUACCGGACCGGACCAAGAGCCAUGACCGCACAUCGCUGAAGAAGACGGAUUCAUGUGACAGCGGGAUCACAAAGAGCGACCUACGUCUGGACAGUGUCUGUGAAGCAAGUCCAGUCAGGUCAGAAGAGAAAAAGGUGCUUGGUUCAGUCCCAGAUCCGAACCCGCACACCGCCUUUCUGGAGCUGAGACAGGAGCUCCGUGGAGACAUCAGGUCUCUUAGCAAACGGAUGGUGGUCCUGGAGAGCCAAAUGGCUGAGAUGUUGCGUCUCCUGAAGUCCAGGAAGUCUUCCGGAUCCUUCUUUGAGAUCUCCCGUCCACCUUCGCCGGAUUCUGACAAGGACAGCGUUUCUUGAAGACACAUCUGAUCUGAGUCACCUGGAACUUCAAUGGACACUGUGACUAUAAAGGGUUGGGAUUGGGUGAGCUUGGUUGAGAAGAUUUGACCAGUGCAAUAACUGUGCGGAUGAGGUCAAGACUCUCUCAUCCACAGCCAUGGAACCUCAAACUGCAUGCCUUUGCUUUUAACAGCCAACACACCAGAGGUGGUGAGAGCUCCAUCAUCAGCCACUGACUUGGAUGAGAGCUGUAGCAGACGAGUGGUUGAAACCAGUGACUGAAUUUAUUUUUAAGACUUUCAUCGCAAAUAAGUGAGAAGCAAAAACACACAAGUGCUCAUAUGUCUUCCAAACACGUCAUCGCAUUGUCAGCAACGGAACAAAGUGACGUGGCAGCAGUCAUUUCAGACUAGCAAAGGCCUUCCAUUUAGUGGGCGGUCUGCUCUCAUUUACGAUUCGACGGCAAUAAUUCUGACUCGGAACAGUCGAAAAUAAGGAAUAGAGCAAGUCAUUGGAAUGAAAAUGAUUCAUGGUAAAAGACAGACCUCAGAGGCUCAAGUCACGCUGCAAGUUUUCAUGUAGCAAGUCCAGAAAAUAAUAACUCCUGGGAAUAAAGACGCUUACCUCCGCCAAGCCACCUACAAUGAUUUUUUUUUCAACCUGAGAUUGUUGCCCUACAGUUCAUUUCAAUAAUUAACUGAAUGCAAUUAACUCAAUCGGACAGCAGGUGGCAGUAGCGUUCCAGAGCUCCUUACACAUGCAGCAAAUGAAAGAGAAAACCUUUUGCUGGUAAGGCCGCAUUUUAUUACUGUGAUUCAAUGGUAUGUUGCGUUUCAUAACCAGAGCCGGUCAUGUGACCAGUUGUGCUGGUCAGCCCAUUGAAACUCCAUGGGGGAGUUCUUUCAUGCGUGUGAAAUGUAUGUUGUCAGCAAUAGUUGGACAAGACAAUCAUUUCUGUGGCGUGUUGAGAGCGACAAAACUUUAUUGCAAAUGCUUCAACCUGUUGGACAAGCAAGCUUGGAUAAGACUUGGUGGUUGAGGUCGGUAGCAAAUGUUUGGACUUGACUCUGUCAGUAAUGCUAGGGCUAAAAAUCCCAGCUAACUGUUGAGCACUGUUAAAGAUGGUAGCACUCGGACUGUGAAAAGGAUGCGUCCCUACAUAUCUGUUUUAUUUUGCCGGGAAUAUGCAAAUGUGUCAUAUGUGGACGCUCACGUGCACUGCAGCACUUUUAUUCUGCAUGUUGAACUUGAUGUUGUCUACUGUUGUGUGUCAAACUGGUGUGAUGUCGUCUCGCAGGACUCUUUGCCGUCAAAAAAAAAAUCAAAUAUCGAAACCAAAUGUCGUUAAUAAACCGUUUUAUACUUUCCGGGUGUCACUGCUUUGGUCACAUGACUCGCAACAGUCUCAUGAUUCCUUCACUCCCACUCCUCCGCUCACGAUGAUCUGCAUUGCAGUGCCUUCCCGUGCCCCUCCUCCCCCUCCACCUGGAUGACUUCAGAGAAACGAAACCAGCUCAUCCUUUUCCUCCUCCCCUUAAUCCCUCCAUUAAUCUUUUCCCCAUUUCCUCUUUCUGCUUCACUGUUCUCCUUCCAUAACUUCACUCUGGUUGCCUUUCAUCUCCACCAUCCUCCUUCCUCUUUAACGCUCGUGUCUCUCUUCUCCCUCUUUUCCUUCCUGUCUUAUUCCUUCUCCUCCGCCACUCUUCACUCUCACUCCCUCCUCCCUUUUUGGCUCUGUCAGGAUCACCCUCCAGGUGUUGCAGUGCCCCCUGCUGUGUACAUGUGUUAUUCUUGACUCAUCAAUACACUUGUAUUUAUUUGUUUUCUAUCAUUGACCUCCACAUUACUCCCUGGUUAGACACAAAAAUAUUUUCCCAGCGUUUGAAUUUCUCUGUUAGGAGCAGUUUAUAUUGUGCGGUCGUCAUGGCAACAGGUGCAGCAAUCUUUUUCAUAGAACCGGGGUCCACUCUGUGGUCAGUCAGAACUGCUGAGUGGGCGCUUCUCGGUUGGAAGCACCCCCGUAGCCCUGCAGCUGGGCCUCCUAUUGUCCCCGUCUGGAAUGAAGCUUCUGGGUCGGGCAUGACCCGCAGAUUCAACCUUGCCCCUGCAGCGACGCAGCGGCAAAGCCUAACAGAUGUGUGGAGUCAACUGGUAAGAAGCACCUCCCGGUGUGUGUGUGUGUGUGUGUGUGUGCAGGCUGCUGAUGUGGAAGAUCCAAGUGUGUGAUUACCGUGUGGCACAGGUUUCCCAAGGGGGCGCUACUGAGAAGCUGGCUGACCAAGUCGCGGCCGCGGCUGCUGCUGCUGAUCGCAGGUUUGAAGAGACCUCAGGUGACGCUGAUGAGACGCAAACGCAUGAAGCGCACCAAAGUAGCCAAAGCAACGUAAGCGAACCUGCAGUCAGAUGUCCUACUUCACCUGAGACCACGGCCGGACAAGCAGUCCUCCAACAUAGACCUUCAGUCUUAAUGUCCACCAUGUGAGACCACCAACCUUUAAGUCCUCCAUCUAAGAAGAUCAGUCCUCCUUCUGACACCAAUCCCGCGGGAGUCUGAGACCACAGGUCCUGAACCACAAUCUGCUCCAUCAAAAUGGGCAACAAAGGAACGGAUGAAUCGUGGGUACUCUCUGAGAUGCACAGAUCCCGAGACAGAGACAAGAGUGACCCAAAUCACGAUUGGUCCUGGAUUGUGCCUGUUCCUAGAGCUAGCGACGACAUCAUCCGUGGAGGAGCCCAAUCCUCGUUCUUCUGUUUGAAUAUGUGACGUGAGAAAGACCAGAAAUAAAGA